AUGGCAUCCGUUUUAGAUGCUCUUUGGGAGGACAGAGACGUUCGUUUCGACAUAACCGCACAGCAGAUGAAAACUCGGCCGGGUGAAGUCCUGAUAGACUGCCUGGACUCCAUCGAAGACACGAAAGGAAAUAACGGAGACCGCGGACGACUUUUGGUGACAAACCUGAGACUUAUUUGGCAUUCUUUGGCCUUGCCAAGAGUGAAUUUGUCUGUUGGAUACAACUCCAUCAUCAACAUAACAACAAGAACGGCAAACUCGAAACUUCGAGGCCAAACCGAAGCGCUUUACAUCCUGACAAAGUCCAACAACACAAGAUUUGAGUUCAUCUUCACCAAUGUGGUUCCAGGAAGUCCCCGCCUCUUUACAUCCGUCAUCGCUGUGCACAGGGCCUAUGAAACAUCUAAAAUGUACAGAGACCUUAAACUGCGAGCAGCGCUUAUUCAAAACAAAAACUUGAGGCUUUUACCUCGGGAGCAAGUUUAUGACAAAAUCAAUGGCGUCUGGAAUUUAUCCAGCGACCAGGGAAACCUGGGAACCUUCUUUGUCACCAAUGUGCGGAUUGUCUGGCACGCCAAUAUGAAUGAGAGCUUCAAUGUUAGCAUUCCAUACCUUCAAAUUUGGUCAGUCAGAAUAAGAGACUCAAAAUUUGGCUUGGCUUUGGUGAUCGAGAGUUCCCGUCAGAGUGGUGGUUAUGUGUUGGGCUUUAAAAUUGACCCUGUGGACAAACUUCGGGACGCCCUUAAAGAAAUCAACUCACUCCAUAAGGUCUACUCUGCUAACCCAAUCUUUGGAGUGGACUAUGAAAUGGAGGAAAAGCCACUGCCAUUGGAAGAAGUGACGCUGGAACAGCCUCCCGAUGACGUGGAAAUCGAGCCUGACGAGCAGACAGAUGCUUUCACUGCCUACUUUGCCGAUAGUAACAAGCAACAAGACCGUGAGCCAGUUUUUUCGGAGGAGCUUGGCCUUGCCAUCGAAAAGCUGAGGGACGGAUUUACCCUUCAAGGACUGUGGGAAGUCAUGAGUUGA